CCACAAUCAGCCAGUGCACGAAUGUAUCGGCCAUUAAUGCGGAGUUUGAGGAAGAUCAACUUCGUUCUCCCUUGCUCGCGUUCUUGCUUCAUGUGAACCCAACGCAACAAGAGAGCAUGAAUGUCAAUUUCUUCCGACUCCACGUUGAAGAGGGAAGAGGAAGAGAAGGAGAAGGAGAAGGGAGACAAAGUAAAGGUUCAUGAAGUCAUCUUCAGUACCUUGCCCGCCUUAACUGAUGUUGAGGUGGAAGAGAAAUUUGUCCCACUUCUCAGGACUUUAGUAGACGUCCGGGCUGUUGAAGACCAUACUGGCCAACUCGCAAAGGUGUUUGAUGAACUCAAGAAGCUGUGCGAGGAUAUGGCCGUGAUGGCGCAGCAGCACCGUGACCAGCUGCAACAGUUUGCUAACAUGCAGCCGGCCCAAAGUGUCCUUCCGUCUACUUACCCUGCUUCUAAUGCUGUGUGUCAGUCCGUUCUUGCGCCUCUAACUGUGUCUUCUUCUUCUUCUUCUUCUUUGAGUGUGGUCAACAACCUAUCCAAAUCUGCAGCAGGUCCAGACCCCGUUGUUGCUGCUACUACUGCUACAGUGGCAAGUGGCAGUGCAGGGCAUUCUGGAACUGUUGCAGCCCUGAAUUCGGACCCGACAAUCCCUGGUCCUAGCUACAGCUUUCCCUACGUGGACAGGAAGGCGACACAAAUUCGAUCUAAAUAUGACGGAAAAAACGACAUUGAAUCUUGGAUCAGCUCUAUGCGAUCCUACAUUGAUGUGUUGGGGACACCCCUGGUUACUCUGUCGUCAGUCCUAGGGACCAAUGUGGAACCCGCCGUAAGAGGCUUCUUAGAAGUCCAAGCUGUACAGUCAGGCUAUAAAAGAAUAGACUUGAACAAAUGGUUGAAGGCUAUGCCAAUAGCCACACUCGAGGAUCUCUUGAUGAAGCAAUAUAUUGAUCCGCAUGCGGCAGCUAAAGCUAGACUCAAGCUUGACAAGCUCAAGCACAACAAGUGGACAGACACCAUGCAUAGUCUACAGCAGUACGUUAGUAAACUCUUUGCUACUCUUGAUGUGGAGAUGACUGCGCAGUCUUGCUUGGAUGUGAUUAAAGGUACGGUCCCCUCUACCGUAACACAUCGUCUGGGGCUCGGACUCGCGGCAUAUGCAAAUUGGCUUUCCCUAAUGCGGGAUUCAGUCGAGCUGGAGGCACAAGACCUCCCGGGUGGAUCGAGUGGCAAAAAGACCACCAGCCGCAAACGGUUUCUAGGAAGCAACCGUUUUGCAACGCACGAUCAACUUGAGAUUGACGAGGAGGCCUUCGCAAAAGACCCUUCUCUUGGUGACGAUUAAGAGCAAGACUGUGAGGCAUCUUGUUAGCCCACGAGUCCGACUAUGUAGAUGAUGAUGAAUCAAUGAAUGCCUUUAAAAGGA